GUCAGCUUCGAGCCAAAAACCCAAAUAAGCUCGGAGGUUAUCUAUUGUUUACAAUUAUGAGACCUGAUGUUAAUGAUUACCACUCCUCCCAUAGUGCUACCUCUACUCGUUUAAGGAUACAAACUUGUAUCGAGGAAACUAUAGGUAUAGAUGACCCUGCUAAACCUUUUAAGAAUUUUGAUAUGUAUAUUUUUGUAGACUUAUCCUUCGACAUUUUUGCUGUUGAACUAGAAUUUAUAUAUGAUGUUGUUUACACCAAAGUUGUUUUGAUUUACACCAAGUUAGGAUGUUCGUUGCGCAUCAUCAGUUUCAUUAGCUCCUUCUCAGUUGUACUGCUCUUCUUUAUCAGCAUCAUUAAUGAGCCAAAAUUCCAUUUCUCAAGAGUUGAUAUUGCCAUAACGGGCAUCUUAUUGACUGGAGCUGUUGCACUGGAACUUUAUGCAGCAUGGGUAAUGCUUUCUUCUAACUGGGCAAUCUUUGUUGCGGCGUUUCAUCAUAAUCUGUUGGUACGCAAAAUAUUUAGCGUAGCCUUAAAGAGAUUGCCUUGGCUAUUGCAUCGAGGUAAAAGUUGGUCAAAUAAAAUUGGACAAUUCGAUCUGUUAAGAUAUUGUUUGCUUUACAAGAAAAAGAAAGGGAACCAAUCAAGUGGCAUUCUACACAAGAUCACCAACAAUGAUAUUACUGACAUGUGGCACAAAUACAUGUUCACUAAAUUCGAUCCGGUUCCACGUUAUUUAAUGGACAUAGGCAAUUUCUUGCACCCUGCUUGGUCGUUCAUACGGAGCGAUUCCUUCCGAGCUUCAAGGGGGGAAAAUGCACUUAGUGCUGAGCAAUAUGAUGAUCUAAGGUGGAGCAUAAAAUUGGACUUUGAUUAUAGCAUCAUAAUAUGGCACCUUGCCACAAGUGUUUGCUAUUAUCAAGAGCAUCAGGGUGAUGAUGAUAAUGAUGACGAGGCCAAAAUUAGUAAACAAGUAUCAGAUUACAUGAUGUAUCUGCUGGCCAUGUGUCCUGCCCUUAUAUUGCCUGAGCAGAGCAAGAGUUUUUGGCUUGAUCAUGCUUAUGACAAGCUCAAAGAACUUUUGUUUUCUGCAACUGAGACAACAAAUGCUACUUCCACAUUACUUUCUAAUCCAGAUAUUGUUGAUGAAAAGGAGCAUGAAUCCAGUGAGGAGUCAACAAUGGAAAACCUACAGGGAGGUGUGUCUGCUGCAAUUGAUAUAAGAAAUGUUGUUUCCAGGGAGACAACAUUGAAACAAAUCCUAAAGAAAGAUGUGUUCAAACUAGCCACAUUUUUAAAGCAAUUAGAAAAUAAAUGGAAAUUGAUUAGGGAAGUCUGGAUAGAAAUGCUUGUUUAUGCAGCGGUUUCAAGUCAGAACAUUAGUCACGUGGUGUUUCUUCACUGUCCACCUGGCACGGGUAAGACCCCUUUGGUUAGGUUAUGCAUCCAAGAUGCAGGUGCCAACCUUUUCCGUGUGAAUGGACCUGAGAUUGUUAGUCAGUAUUGGGGAGCAAGUGAGCAAGCAUUGCGUGAAGUUUUUGAUUCAGCUACCAAAGCUGCACCUUCUGUGCUCAGAUUUCUUCUCUCCAAAAUAUUUAUUCAUGAGCUGGAUGCCAUUAUUGCCCCUGCACGGAAGGACGGAGGUGAAGAGCUAUCACAAAGAAUGGUUGCUACUCUAGUAGAAUUGAUGGCGUACUUGUGAUUUCCGCUACCAACAGGCCAGAUAGCAUUGAACCUGCACUCAGGCGGCCUGGAAGACUUGACAGGGACCUUAAGAUUGGUAAUAAUACAAUAGGUUUU